AUUUAAUUAUUCAUGGCCUAAUAAUCCGCCGAAUUAGCAAAAAAAGUGGAUGAAUCUCAUAAAGGUUAAGAUGAAGAAAAAGAUAAACCUUAAGAAGUAAAUCAAUAGAAUGAAGGGCAAAAUGAAGCAUAGAAGACAGAAAACAAAACUACAAGUUUAUUUGGAUCAAUGGUAAAUGGAUAGAAUCUAUUCAAUAACAAUUCAACAACUUCAAUUUUUUAAGGAGGAUUAUUUGGAUAAUCAUAACCAACAACUGGACUAUUUAGUUCAGGUCCAUCUAUUUUAAGCAAUGUUAAUGUAGAUCUUACAAAACCAGGACCAUCAUUAUUUGGUAUUAGUUAUAAGGCUUAAAAAUCUGAUGAAAGUGAAGAAGGUGAUGGUGAUGGUAUUUCUUAUUAUAAUUUAAUAGGAUAAGAAGAAUAAAAACCAGAGGAUGAUGAACCUAAAUAAAUAGUAAUGAAAUAUGACUAUACUUCGAACACAGAAUAAUUGAUAAAGGUAUAUUAGUGUUUUUUAAUUAAAGGUUAAUGUUGAAAAGUUUAGAAAAAAUACUAAUGAUAUUUUAGAGAAAGGAUCUGUUGCAAUUGAAAAAACUAAAACAGGAGAUUCUUAUUAUAUUGUAUAUAGGUAUAUUAUUAAUUUAAUAUGUAGAAAUGCAAUAUAAUAAUCAUUAUACACAGGGUAAUUUGUCAAAGGAUUUUCAUCAAUAAAACCUUUAGGAUAAAAAGCAGAAAAUUUAAUUAUUAAGGCUAUGAGUAGAAAAGAAAAAUCAGAUAGUAAAUCAGAAGAAAAUGAUGAGAACAAAUCCAUAUCUGUUGAUACCUUAAAAAUAAUGUUCACUACAAAAGAAGGUUCAGAAGAGUUCAAGACAGAAUUUGCAAAAAUAUUUUAAUGAUAUUUCAUAUAAAAUGAAUUUUCAG